UUUGAGUUCACACGCGCUUUAACUCUCGCUUUCUACGCUCUUCAAAUCGCCAAAAAUGUUCAAGAUCCUUCCUCUUUUCGUCCUGGCCGCUUUGGUCAUUUGCUGCCAAUCGCUUCCCGUGGAACCCGAAAAGGAGCCAGUGGCCAUUUUGAAGUCGGAGGUCAACAAAAAGGCGGACGGAGGCUAUGACACCAAAUACGAAAGUGCAGAUGGAACCAGUCGCUCCGAGGAGGCUGUUGUGGUGGACAAGGGCACCGACAAGGAGGCUCUGGAGGUGAAGGGAUCCUACAAGUACGUCAACGAUCUUGGCGAGGAAGUCGAGGUCUUCUACACCGCCGGAGUGAAUGGAUUCGUGCCCUACGGAUCCUCGAUCAACCCGGAAAUCACCGCUGUGGCCGAGGCAGCCAAGGAUCUGCCCAAGCCAAUCUACCUGGAGAAGUCGGAACAGUAGGAUGUGUUUUCUGGAAGAGAUCUCGUAAAAGUUAAUUCAUAAGAUUGAUGGAGAGCAAAAGCAAGCUGUAACUAUGCAAACGAAAAUAAAAGACAAAACCAAAAGAUGAAAUAUAGUCGAAUCGUUGAGUACUAAUAUUUGAAA